CCGAGAUUUGGGAUUCUCUAUAACCUUUUCUUUUUCAUUGGGAACAUAUAGAGUUACGUAAAGCGUAUACGACAUUGUUCCACUUUGUGCGAAUUUUCAUAGCUAGGGUAUUUCUCGUAUUUGAGUACAAUUCAAAUAGUACUAUACGGGAAUAUUAAAUAAGAUUUAUGAAUAUGCCAAUACGUGACUCGAAGGGAUUACACGACUUCUGGAUUUAAAAAUGACGUGACUGAAAUUAAGAUUCGUUAUACCGAAUCUCUAAUGGGAAUUACAAGAAAUCCUCGAAGCAGCAGCCUAAUUUUUCAAAAUAUCUGAAAGCAAUGUCGAACUGAAAAGUUUUAAUAAUAUCAAAAUACCAAUUUAUAAGUAAAUAGAUAUAAAAAAAGUGAAAAACAUAUUCUUUAUUUUCUUUUCAAAAUUCUUCGUUUUUUAUAUCACGAAAUGUUAUUUGACGCAAAGUACAAGAUUACUGAGAACUGUCAUGUAGUCACUCGCUCAUCUAUUCGUUAAAUUCCAUUCGGUUCUUUUCUCCCGACGCCCAACGCUAAAUCUUCGAAAAAUACGUGACUGAAAAAGAACCGGCCAUCAAUAACGUUUACAUACGGCUAUUAAUUUUUAUUAAUAACCAGGCGAGUGGUUAAAAAAAUAGUAAAAAGGACGACCUCGUUAGUAUAAAAACAGAGCCCAUAUAUACAAUGAAGCUACAUCGAUCCGUAGGAUGAUCUUGAAACAAUAUUCACGCCACGUGCAGAUAUCGCUACACGCACGGGGAUCAAUCGAAAGCGCGCAGAUAGUGCGCUUCUGUGAGCUGAGCUUGCAGCAGGUACUCCAGGCAACCUGAGAAAAUGUCGACCUUGAGUGAACUCGGAUCGAUCGCGACCUUGAAAGGCUCCGUCUGGCAGGAGCAUUUCGGUGGAAACGGCCGGUAUAGGAUACGGCGUUCCUCGCGUGCAACAAGUACUGCGUUAUAUUCAGCUACCUACUGCAACUGGUUGGAUGACAAGAGGAGGCCCGGGCUAUCAUGUGGUAAAGAGGUAAAGAGACAGAAGGAGACCUUGAAAAGGGUGAAGGAGACGGAUGAUAGCGACUGAAGGUAAAGUGUAUUCGUGUUGAGGAGAUCAGAGUGGAGUAGGGUGUGGAGUACAGUUGACUGGGUUGAAGGAGGUGACGAGGACGUGCGAGUAGAAGGAUCAUGUGGUGGUAGGUAGACUGAUAUGAGAAAAAAAGUAUGAGCACAGUUGCCCAGGGCGGAAGUGAUGUGGGUCUGUAGGUAGAAGAGGACGCGAGAGGAUAUCUAACCAGAGAGAGGGAGAAAGAGAUUGAGUAUCGGUAGAAGGUAUGGGAGUGAGAGAGUAUCACCUGGAGAGGGAUGAAGAGGAGGGAUGGAGAGCAGAGGGUGAGCCGUUAUCGGGAAAGAAAGCCGGGACCUUCACCGAGACCCAGUUGGUCGACAUUGCCCCUGUGCUCGUCGACGUAGCCGCACCCCACCCUAGUGGUCUCAGCAUCCUCACCAGCAUCAGCAUCAGCAGUAGCAGCAGCAACCCCUGCCAUCCCUAUCCAUCGCAAGCCAGCUAGCUCACCUCCAGCCUGCCCUCUCCCUGCCCUCUCCCUGUGGAUCCCUGUUUCUGGCCUAGCCCGUAUCGUAUAGGGGCCUAGGGGUUGCCCGUGACGUCAGCGAACCGCGCAUGCGCGGAACACCGAGACGUCGACGCCGGCGCUGCUUCCUCUGCACGGCAGACACCGCGGCACGAAUCACACGAAAGACACCGGGACUUAUCUCGAUAACCUGCUCUCACUGAGUACUCGUCAUGGGAGUGGUGAAGACAGCCUCUGAAAGCAUUCUCGAGGAAACCGUCGUGCCGAGCGAAGAAGCCAAUCACUCGUUGCAGGGGCAUGCCGAAGAGUGGAGUGAGAGCUUUCCUUAUCAGCUUCUAAUAGGAACUGGCGGAGCACUAAUGGCUCUUGUACUUCUUGCUGCUGUGAGUUUUCAAUGCUCAGCUACAUGGAAAUGGCUCAUGGGCGUCGCAAGGCAGGAAAACGACGACGACGCCGACGGUGACCUCUCGCAGCAGAAUGCAAUACGUAUCAGUCAUUCGUUGCCGGAUCUUCAAUCAGAGCCAAUUACUCAUGAGUACGUGCAAGAGCAAAAAGACAGUAAGAAGGUGCUAAGGCAGACGACGCUACCGAUAGUUCCCAUGAGACAUCAGACCUUUCAGCGACAACUGUCACAUCGUCUCGACUUGCCAAAUAUCAAGUUUAGUAUCUGCAGUUUGGAGAAUCGUAGCGAUUCGAGUCUUGGUCUUAUCAAGCCGGAACUGUACAAAAAAGAUCUUGUGCGACAGGGAAGUACUGAAAGUUCAAGUACCGUAGAAAUGGAAUAUGCUGGAAAGUUACACUUCGCGCUUCGUUACGAUAAGGAGAUAGAGGGCCUCGUUGUUAAGGUACUAGAAGCUCGUGAAUUGCCCAUAAAGGAUGUGACUGGUAGCAGCGAUCCUUACGUUAAGGUUUAUCUGUUGCCCGACAGAAAGAAGAAAUUUCAAACGAAAGUGCAUCGCAAGAAUUUGAAUCCAAUUUUUAACGAGACUUUUAUCUUCAGUGUACCGUACGACGAUUUACGUGAACGUUACCUACAAUUUUCGGUUUACGAUUUUGAUCGAUUUUCUCGCCACGAUCUGAUUGGUCAGGUGGUUUUAAAAGGACUGCUGGACUGUACCGAUCUGGAGCAAGAAAUUGAAUACACAAUGGAUAUCCUAUGCGCGUUACAGGAAAAGGUGGAUUUAGGCGAAUUGAUGCUAUCCCUCUGCUAUUUACCAACAGCGGGCCGUCUAACGUUAACAGUGAUUAAGGCGAGAAAUCUUAAAGCCAUGGAUAUAACAGGCUCUUCUGAUCCUUACGUGAAAGUCUACCUACUCUGCCAAGGUAAGCGAAUAAAGAAGAAGAAAACAACCGUCAAGAAAAAUACAUUGUGCCCCGUCUACAACGAAGCACUGGUGUUCGACGUUCCCGCUGACAACGUCGAGGAAGUCAGCCUCAUAGUGAAAGUGAUUGACUAUGACAGAAUCGGAUCGAACGAGCUCAUGGGCUGCACAGCGAUAGGCUCCAGUUUUAUUGGUAUCGGUCGAGAUCACUGGCUGGAAAUGCUGGACAAUCCAAGGAAACCAGUGGCUCAGUGGUAUCCACUUCUGGAGACUGUUGCUGGCCACAUUCCAGCGGUCACCUCGGAACCACUUCCAGUGAGCCUCAGCUGCUUGAAUAGCAGAUGAAGGCAAUACACCCGGUGCAGAGAAUGCAGAAGCUCGCGAAUUCUAUUGGACGUUGACUAGGCGUACGUCCCUCUUCUGUCACUUUAUGCACACUGCUUGACUGACUUAAGUACAACCUACGUCUUGAAGAUCGACAGAUUUUACGUGGAUCUGUGCUUUUGGAAACUCGUGGACAAGCGUAGAACGGUUAACGAGAGAUGGCGGCACUGGAUCGUUAUGUGGUUAUUCAUGAUGUGUCCUACGUUUUGCCACUGUACUGUGGGUGAGAAUGAAAAUUUGAAGUUUUUUUCGCAGGUUUUGAAUAUUACAGGGAUCAACUGUAGCGAAUUACUUUUCCUUCGGGUUUUAAUUGAUCGUUAACACUGAGAUCAGGAAUGGUUAUGUCAAGUGAUCGAAUAUAUUAGGUUUUGGAAUAUUACUCUUAAAACUGUCGAAAAGCCUUAAUAUCUAUAUUGGAUAAACUAAUGAAAAUGGUGAAACAGUACCUUUGGGUAUUUUGGAUAAUUAACAAAAGCACGUGUACUGAAUGUAGAUCAUAGAUAUGUCAGUGCGAUAGGCGUUGAAUAUCUAUGAAAGCGUUUUAACCAUUACAGGUAUAUGUACUCUGGUCGAUUGCAAAUACGUAUGAAAGAAAAGAGUUCCCUCAUACAUAAUAUAAAUUUUUCUUUUUAUUUUAUCGAUUCAAAGACGUAGAGUAGCCAGGUGUAUUACGAUGUAAACUAACGGUACACAAUACUGAGUGUGAAUUUCGAUGUAAAUUUUGUUCAGUGUAUUAUCAAAAUUAUAAAUAAAAUCAUAAUCAAUGGAAUUUAUCAGUUUUGAUGAAAGUUUCAACAGAGAAAUAAAUACGGAAAGUAUAUGAGAAAUAAUUUUCACAAAUUUUCUAAAUCGAUAGAAACUAGUGUGAUGCUUUGUACGGGAAAUAAAAAGAUUCAUUGGUCAAUUAAAAAACAUUCCAUGGGAAAAUUUUGAUGAAUUAAUUAUUCAGAAAAGUUAUUAUCUACGACUGUAUAGAAUAUAUAGGUUUGGAAGCAUACGAGUCGUACCAGAAUCGAGAGGACAAUAAAUGACGAAAAAUCUUUGUUGAAGAUGUCGGUAGUGUUUAUGAAGAUUAAUUUUUUUUCCACAUAUAUGAUUAAGGAUGACGCAAUAGACGAUUUGGCGUUAACUGUUUCACGCUUGCUAUCUGGAGUCCAACUUCUAUGCAAAUAUUGUAUUCACGAGAUAAAUGUUAUCAAGUCCUGAAAUAAAAAAGAAAAAAAAAGAAGAUGGCUCUCUUUGUGAUAUAAUAUACGGAAUAUUAAACGGAUAACGUUAUACAGUGUGAUUUCGACAUUGUGCAACCGUUGCUGCUUUGUACACUUAAACGGAGAGAAUUUUUCAUUAAAAGUUUCUAUGAAAAUCACGGUAAUUACGGGACAUCGUGGUAUUUCAUAACAUAUUACCCUAUAUAUUUAAGAGCAAUUCGCGAAAAUAUACUAAAAAGUAAGCAUAACAUGGCAGUUUUUACUGAAGUGUACGGUAAAAAUUUCGAAAUUUGAAAAUAUUUAAUGUAAAACUAUAGUCUUUAUCUUGUUGAAUUUAAAGCCAACUAAAUAAGCCGAAUUAUCUCGUGCGCUACAUUUAACUUUACCGUGGAAUGCAUUACUUUUUAUACCUUUGAAGUUAACCACGAAAAACAUUGUGACUUUUUAUACGUUUUACAAAUGUAUGGUUUGGUUGUUACACGUUCGGUGCAUAUAAGCAAUGAUAGUUAAUUUGUUGUUAGGAAGAGGUAUUAAUUUAAUAAAUUGUUGUUUAAUUCAUAUUUAUUUAUUUUAGUUAUUCUCUCAUAUAGGUGCAGAGCAUUAUAAAUAAGUAUUCGAAAAGUAUAAUUCAGGUUAAUAAAUUUAGGUUUGUUGAACAGUCUUCUACCGUAGAGAACGAAUGUAUGAGCUAAUUUCAGCUGAUGCAAUGUUCCUAAAUAACACUAUACGUUAUCACUUCAUCAGUUUUUGGUUAUUUAAGUUAGAUUUUUUAGUUGUAAAAAGAUAUACAAUUUUACAUUGAUCCAGGUAAAUUUUACUAUGGAACGUAGUAAAAAUUGCAAAUAACAAUAUUUACCGUGUUCACUGUAAAAUUUACUUGUAACCACUGAAAAUAUCGUGGGUUAUAACUAUAAGCAAUAAGUAAUGAAAUGGUAACGAUGUCCCACGAUUACUGGUUUCUACGGUAAAUUUUAUCAUGAAUUUCACAGGAAAAAUUAACGAAAAAUUCUCUCCCUAUAUACACGGUAAACUCAAAAAUUCGAUCUAAAGGAAGUUGAUAAUAAUGUACGAUAUUAUAAGUAAUCUAGAGAAUGAGAAAAAAAAUGAAUAGAGAAAAACCUAAGAAGCAAGUUAUAUGUACAGAAUAUCUAUACUAGCAAUGUAAUCUAGGAAGUUGUUCGAGAAGGAGAGGAAUGCGAAAAGUGUGGUAAAAAAUACAUAUUUGAAUCGAAAGAAUUUUCGAAUCUAAGACAUUGUAUAAGAACAAGAUUGGACAACGAUGAUUAAAAACAUGAUUUCUAUGUCCGAAAAGAAACCUAGAAAUAGUUUUGACGGUUGACGUAAAAUUCCUUAAUUCCGUUAAAUUUUGAAAAUAUUUGUGUAAAAUAUCCUAAAUUCGAAUUUACGUAAUAAUCUAUGAGCUGUUUCGGCUUUAUAAGAGUUUUAAGUUAUAAAAUGCGUGCGUAUUUGAUAAUUGAAAAGAAAUAUCUAUAAAAGUUACACGUUGUCCUAUCGUGCAAUUUAGCGUGUGGAUAAUACGAAUUUGAACUGUGAAUUAAUGAUUUACAAUCUGCAUUAAUGCAUAUUGUAAUUUCACACUUGAAAUUACUUUGCAAUCAGUGCGAUUGCACUUCAUUAUUAAAUCCUGAAGUCGUAACGAAACGAGCUUCAACCAAUGCGUAAUUGAUUGUUGGCGAUGUUACUCGAUGAAAAGCAAACUUAAUUAUUCGUGUAAGACUUUAAUCGACUGUCCUUCAGGCUGACGAUAAGCUGUCCCAAGUAGUUCGAUGUAGAGACGAAUACCUACUUGAAAUUAGUAAAUUCAAAAAGUCGUACCUUCGUUGUAACAUUCUUUUUACUUGCUUCUUAAUUGGAGCAGGAAUCGGAUCGGCGUGAUUAAAUAGUUAUAUUAUUAAAUUAUCCACAAGUGUAGAAUAUAAUAUUGAAUAUCCGAGCAAAUUUAUGUUAGCUGAUGAGUAUAAGUUUUCGGGCUGUAAAAUGAUGAAACUUGAAAGAAAAAGAAAUUUCGAAAAUUACUUUAUCGAGACUUUUCAAUCUCGUAUAUUAAACUUUUGUUUCAGAAUAAAGUUGUUCAAACUCGUUUUAUAUAAUCAUAAGUAAACCAUUUCGAAAAGUGACGUCAUUUGAAUAAUUAUGAAAACUGGAUAUGUAUUACAAGUUCUCAGCUAACAUAAUCGAAGAAUAGUUCGCGUAGAGUAUCAUGUAUUGGACGUAUGUUCGAUAGUGGUAAUUAAGUUAGUGAUAAUAAUUAUUUUUCAAUUGCGCAAUUGCGGCAGAUGUAAUAAUCUAUACAAGUGACAUUCCCGUUAUUUUUAUUGAUAACCUUUUUUUGACUGUAUCAUGAAAAAGUAAAACUUCGGAGGAACUUCACUUAACUUUAUUAUCCAAGCGAAAACUGAUAACUCAAUCAGUGUAUAUUUGUGAGAGAAAAAAAUUGAAAAAUGCUACUUGAAAAUAAAUUGAAGUGUAUGGAAUAGAAUUCACAUAAACGGUAAUGGAGUACGAAGACGCCUGUAGCAAUUUAGCAUUCGCAUAGAAAUUGUAUAGAUAAAAUUGAAUUAUAGAAAAAAAAAGUAAUUAAAGAUACAUAAUAAGCUUAGUGUCCAUUAGAUUUAGUCCGAUACAUUAUAUUCUAAGUGUAUGGCCAGUAUGUUACAUGGGCACGAUAUACAUAAGACUUUCACAUAUCAGUAAUGCUCGAUGGAUAGAUAGAUAUAAAAAUGACGGCGAUUCGAUCAGUAUGAUAUACGUUAGGUUUCAAUGCUCACCUUGCCGAAGGCCUGCUCCAAUUAAAAAAAUACAACAGUAGCAAGUAACUAAUGGAUUGAACUGCGGAAGUCUCAGUAUCGAUAAUAUAUACUUUUCUAAUAAAUAAACAUCUAUUCUGUAUUUGGGCAUACAAUGUCCCAAUGUGAUUGUGAAAGAAAAUAAAUCAAUAUUACAUAACAUGGUAAUGGAA